AUGUCAAACACAAUUAAUUUUGACUAAUAAGAUAGGGCUCCCAAAGGAAUGGGAGUAAAUAGUUACUUUUCUAUUGAAUAAGUGCAGCUAGAAACUUUAAAUGGAUAGAAACUUUACCAUCAAGGACUUAUAUGUUUGUCCAUAGCCACCAAGCUUGAGGAGGACAAAAUAUUUUGCAUAAAGAAUGUACUGAUAGAACUCCAGUAUUCUGUUAGCGUUGAUUAUCUCUAGAAAAUUGAAUAAGAGAUCUUGCAAAAGUUAGAAUGGGUUUUAAAUCUACCAACACCCAUUGAGAUUUCAAAGCAAAUGCUCUACUACACCAAUUGCAAUUUUGAUUUCAAUGAUAUCUGCAGUCAAAUCAAUAAUUUUAUCUUCUUGUGUUUGCUUGAGCAUCUCUAAAUGCUAAAUUUCAGAAAUUAAUUGGCUACAUUUAUCCAUGAAAAUUUUGAUUCUAUAGACUAUAUAUCUAUGAUUGAAUGUAAAAAGGUCCUUCAACUUAGAAUAUAAAAUGGUGAAUAGGAUGGAUCAGUUGAUAAUGCUCAAACAACCACAGGUAACACUCAUUGUUCCCCAACGUCAAAGGCAAAGUUUAAUUCUUACUUAGAAUAAUCAGAUCCAGCUAGUUUGGAAUAUUUAUUCUCAAGUCUUUGUCUUUAGAAAAAAUAAUAUCAUGGAUUCAAUUCUAAUGAAGUUGUACAAAAAACUGAUAGAUCUCUAUAAGAGUAAUUUCUAACUAGAUCAAGUAAUCUAACUGAUACCAAUAGACCACCCAUAGUAAUCAAUAAUUUCUAGACAAUUUCGAGAAGCAAAGUAAAUCAGAAAUUAUGCCCCUUAGCUGGAGAUGAUACCUAUAUUUCUGAGAAAGAUAACGUUUCAACUCCUAAAAUAAACAGUAGUAUUGCGGAUCAAGAUGAAAGUAACAACCAUAUUCCUAGUGAAAACAUUUUUUCAAGUUCUAACUCUUAUAACAGUCUUGGCUUAGAAGAGAUGGAUGAAAGAAGCAAGAAUGUGGAUUAUAAAUUUAAAAAUCUAAUGAAUUCCAACCAAAGUUAAAUUCAUCAAAAGAGAUUAAGCAUAGCUUCUGGGCCACAUAUAUUCGUAUCCCAUGUUGAAAGAUUCUUCUAAUAGCAAAGACAAUUAAAUGUGCUUCAAUAACCAUAGGGUCCUCUAGAAACUAAUUUUUCUGGAGAAAUCGAAGUGACUUCUCCACAGUAGGAUAUUGAAAGUGAUGAGGAAUAGGACGAUCAAAAGACUUUCAAGUAUAGUAUAAUAAGUGAUGAAGAGCUUCUUAAGAAUGAGCAAGAGGCUUACAGAUAGAUAAGAUAUCUUAAAAGCAACAGCUCUCUUAAAGAUAGUCUCAUAAGUAUGUUUGUUUCAUCAACAUUAUUUAUUCCUGAGGAAAAAAAUACAGAUUCUAAGAGAACCUUAAUUGAACCUGGACUUAAUCCAUCUUAUAAUGCUCAAGAUAUUUAAACACAGAGGGGAAUAAACAUUAACAGCAAGCAUUUGAAGAAUUAAUACUCGAAUUAAAUAAGCUGGAAUCCGUUUGCAUCCUAUCAAUAAAACUACCGAUCUCCUGGCUAAUCAGUAUUUAACAACAGAUUUAACUCUUGA